UGAACUGUGCCCACUUGGAGGGGGGCUGCUUUCACGCAGGGGUUAGUGGAGAGGGCACGUGAGGUUAGUAAAAUCAGUGGCAGACAAAAGCUGGGAUUACCUGAGGGGAAUGGGGGUGCUAGGGAUUGGAACUAUAUUAACAUCUGGUGGGGGCUCAAAUGUGCCAUGGGGAGUCACUUGAUUACACGUAUGUUAUUUAGUUAAAUUUGUGAAAAUUAUGAGAUGCUCACCAACCCGGUGAUAAACUCGCUCCCUUGCUAUUGGCUGGCCUGGUCACAUGGCCACCCAACUUUAUUCAGUUGACAGCAAGUAGGAGGGCCCUAUGGAAGGAGAAAAAAAGACAACACGAGAAAAAUUAGUAUUUUCUACCUUCAGAAAUUAAUGGCCAUGAGUUCGUAUAUGGUGAACUCCAAGUAUGUGGACCCCAAGUUCCCUCCGUGCGAGGAAUAUUUGCAGGGCAGCUACCUAGGCGAGCAGGGCGCCGACUACUACGGUGGCGGCGCGCAGGGCGCAGACUUCCAGCCCCCGGGGCUCUACCCGCGGCCCGACUUCGGUGAGCAGCCUUUCGGAGGCGGCGGCCCCGGGCCCGGCUCGGCGCUGUCUGCGCGGGGUCACGGGCAAGAGCCAAGCGGCCCUGGCGGUCACUACGCCGCUCCGGGAGAGCCGUGCCCGGCGCCCCCGGCGCCUCCACCCGCGCCCCUGCCUGGUGCCCGGGCCUGCGGCCAGUCCGGCGGCCCCAAGCAGCCGCCCCCCGGGACUGCAAUCAAGCAGCCGGCCGUGGUCUAUCCCUGGAUGAAGAAGGUGCACGUGAAUUCGGUGAACCCCAACUACACCGGUGGGGAGCCCAAGCGGUCUCGGACAGCCUACACCCGGCAGCAAGUCCUAGAACUGGAAAAAGAAUUUCAUUUUAACAGGUAUCUGACACGGCGCCGUCGGAUUGAAAUCGCUCACACCCUGUGUCUGUCCGAGCGCCAGAUCAAGAUCUGGUUCCAGAACAGGAGGAUGAAGUGGAAAAAAGACCACAAGCUGCCCAACACCAAAGGCAGGUCAUCCUCUUCAUCUUCCUCCUCCUCCUGCUCCUCCUCAGCUGCCCCGGGCCAGCAUUUGCAGCCGAUGGCCAAGGACCACCACACGGACCUGACGACCUUAUAGAAGCGGGGACCCUGGGCCCAUCCCUCCCUGCGUUCCAGGCUGAGCCGAAGCCGCGGGGGCAGGCCGGGCCUGCUGUCACCUCGCUGGGCUCUAAGGUACUGUGGGGUGGACCUGGGACACACAGGCCGCCCUCGGACUAGGUUAGCAUCCUGCCCGAGGGCAGCCCCCUCCCUGGAUGGGGAUGGGGAGGGGAGGGGGGCGGGAUUCUCUCUCUAAGUAUAUUAUAUGGCAGGAGCUACUGAGAAUAUAAAACCUUGUCGAGUCAUUAAACUCAUAAAAAUC